AUGGCCAGGGAGCAUCAUCGGCAGAAGAUGGAGCAGCUCCAUGGUCAACUUGAAUCGGCCAUGUGGCAGAGCCAGGAGGCCAUGCAAAAGGUCAACUGGCUCGAGCCUGCAAUGGAUAUUCACAAGACACUCACUAUGUCUUUUGCUAGAAGUGUAGAAAAUAGGAAUGAAGACAGCAUAAUGGCCUGCCUAGCAGACAUUCAUGAACUCUUUCCAGUCGAUGUUAAGGGUGAAGAUGGCUUCCAGCCAUUGUCAACCGCAGAAAUUGUGAUGUCCAUUCUAGCUGAGGAGUCUGCUGUGCCAUCCAGCAGCAGAGAUGUUUCCUUAUCCCAGAGGCCAAGACCAAUGAAGCAUUUGCCUCGAAGCUUCCAUCGGACAGUUAAAUCGCAAGCUGGGCCAUCCACUAUGUCAAGCAAAAGCAAGAGCAAGAGUAAGGCCAUAUCAUCUGUGUUAUUUUCAGAUUCAGAGCCAGCCCCUGCAAUGAGAAAGGGCAAAGGCAAGGUCAUUUCAUCUUCAUCAUCAGAAAAAGAGGAUUCAGAUUCAGAAAAGGCAACCAUGAGUGAUGUAAUCGAUUCAUUUGAUCCUCAUAUGUGUUUCUACACCUUCCACCACUCACCCCAUUUCUCACCCAAUCAUGUGCAGGGUCACACAGCAAGUGCCCCAUUGAAACGCAUCACUGAGGAAGCUCUUGAGCAUGCCGGGGCAUGUGAGCACCUCCUGGACCUUCUUCUCACCUGCGAGCUAGAGCUGGAUGGAUGA